CACCUUCUUUUGGCCUUAUGUGCCAACUUUCUCAACUCCUUUUUUGUCUUCAUUAAUAGACCAGCACUGGCAGAUGGCCUGUCAUGGACAUUUUACAAUGAGAGUUGUCCAAACGUGGAGGCCAUAGUUAAGGCAACUGUUGAGUCUUUGCUGAAUGAAGAUAUCACUCAGGCUCCCGGUUUGUUAAGACUCCUUUUCCACGAUUGCUUCGUCCAGGGGUGCGAUGCAUCCAUUUUGUUAAAUGGAACCGGCAGUGAGUUGGAAGAUGCUCCAAAUUUGACAAUAAGAAAGGAGGCGCUGGAGAUAAUUGAAGUAAUAAAGUAUGCAGUUGAAGCUGAAUGCCCUGAAGUUGUGUCCUGUGCGGACAUCUUAGCAUUAGCAGGCUACUACGCAGUAUACAUGGCGGGAGGACCAAAGAUUGCAGUACCGCUUGGGAGGAGAGACAGCCUGACAUUCGCUAAUGAGAGUGUGACAUUAGACAGUAUUCCCAGUCCACAAUCAAAUUUGUCUGUGUUAACGGGUCUCUUCGCCCAAAAAGGUUUCAAUGAUAUCGGUGAACUUGUGGCACUUUCAGGGGCUCACACAUUUGGUAUCUCCCACUGCUUGUCCUUCAUCGACAGACUUUAUCCAACAAAAGAUCCCACUUUGAACGAGUAUUUUGCAGAGAAUCUUUACCUCACAUGUCCCUCUCCUACCACCGUCAACACCACCAAUCUGGAUAUUCGCACUCCCAAUGUGUUCGACAACAAGUACUACGUGAACUUAGAGAACGGAGAAGUGUUGUUUACAUCUGACGAGUCCCUCUACACUAACUCCACCACUAUUGAAAUGGUUAGAAGCUUUGCAGCGAAUGAGAGUCUCUUCUUCGAAACAUUUGUGGCUGGAAUAAUGAAGAUGGUUCAGCUAGAUGUUCGGACGGGAUUCGAGGGUGAGAUUCGCAAGGUUUGUUCAGUUUCUUCUUCUUCUAAUUCUACAUACUCUAUCAAUGAUAAUAACUGCAGAAUAGGCAAGAAUAGCUGCAGGGCUCAGCAGAAUUGUUGGGAUGGCUGUCCCCACUGUAGUAUAACACAAAACUUAUUGGGCCAUUUUGGAGCCAGAAUAGCUACAGACUAG